AUGCGUUGCUUGGUAGCCGGGUGUCAACAGCUUUUCAGAGCAGGAGAGAAUAGAGCGUAUUACAAUUUGAGCCAGGCUUUUAUCAUGGAUUUAUUUCAAGUGAAUACGCAGACAAACUUUUAAAGACUAAGACGGUGGUGUUAGAAAACAGUAGCUGCAAGUGCAGAUGAGGCCGGUAAAUGUAUUAGUAUAAUAAUCUUUUCAUCCACCUUUAUUUUUUAUGUCAUAUGCGGUUAAAUAUACAGGUACAUAAACUUUCAAACUGCUUUAGGUUCUCAAAGUUCUUAAACUUUAAUUUUAUUUCGGUAAUUGAAGGAAAGUAUGUGUAUGUUCUUGAUAUUUAGUUAUCUUUUAGUCGACAUCUUAUUUUUAGCGAUUAUAUGAUCUCCUAACCUUGCGACGCAUCGUAACACCUGCUAUAUAUUUUUUAGAAAAACACAUUUGCUUCAUACAAUUUAACACCGUGAUAAGAAACUGAAUUCCAGUUUAGAUGUAUAUUUUCAUUUUAUCUUCUAACCAAAACUGGUUGGUUGAAGAAUUUUAUCACUUAAGGGAAACUUUUCGAUUUUUCAAGGACAUUUUUGUACAGUGAGUGUGUUCGUACUGGACGUUGUGUCAGCAAACCGCAACGGAAUACUUUGCAACGACCCUAGUUCAAAGCACAAUCCGGAAAGAGCUAAAAAGAUAGAGAAGUACCUUAAAGUUCUAAAAAGAUAGCCGUCCAAAAUCUGCACCUUACGACAUGGUAAGGUAUCUUUUUUCAUUUAUUAAUUCCUUAGGAUUGUACACCUGAUCGUCUAGGAAAACAAAUUUCAACAAGUUUUCGAUGUAAAAUGUACAAACAUUUAUUAUUCUACGAGCGUCGGUACAAAGAAAACCGAUCUCCAAGUCAUCAACGCGAUUUGUAAACAUAGUCUUCAAAUUAACUGGAGGUGACGGAGGUUGGGAGCUCUACCUUGGAGAAGAGACCUGUAUCGGUAAGUGGGGCUUUUAGGUUCUUUUCAACAGCAUUUUGUCCUGUUUGGAUACCGCUUAAAUCGGUAAUUUCGAAAGAAUUCUCUAACAAUGGACCAAAAACGGCCAAUCCCGGUACCGUCCUGUCUGCAGGGAAGCUUGAUUAAUAUUUUUUUUGUCCUUGUCGUAGACUGUUGUUAUAAUUGCCAAACGAAUGCCGGACGAGAUCACACAUUCACGGCCUGAUGUUUUCUAUUCCUAAAAACAUGCCAUCAAAAUAUUAGAUGAUUUAAAAAAAAAAUGCAAAACCUCAACUUAUGAUCCGACCUUAAGUGCUCACUGAGGUAGAAUGUUUCUGUUUUCUCUUAUCGUUACUUUCUUUGUUGAAACCAUUAUCGUUAUCCACAGAGCCAGGCUCGUACCCAGGCCAGUCGCUAUUUAGUCAGUCUGGGGUGAGAGACGAUCUGGUACAAACUUUUUUCUGCAGCCAUCUUUUAUUCUUUCACCAGAAAGUGUUUUAAUUUUUAAGCAAGCGAAGAUGUCUGAUUUUACGAUCAUGACUUUUUCCCUUUUUAAAACACAUCUUCAGGACGGCCUUCGUAUUGUCAGACCGGGAGAGAAUGCAGAGGUCCUUCUUAGGCGUAAUGCGAACUUUAACAAAGAAAAUUUGUCGUCCGCGUCGAGGUGGAAAACGUGCUUUCUAAAACCGAAAGAAGACGGCUUUGGUUACACACCAGUGUGCAAAGAUGAUGAAGAAUUACGUCGUUUGAUUCAGGAAGCUGUUUUGUUGGAUCAUAAAAGUCCUAAAGACAAACGCACGGGCCGCGUUAAAGCUACUUAUCGCUUUGAGAGAUGCAUCGGUGUUUACACCUCCUUUAGGAAUGGAAUCGAUGAAACUGAAGGCUACAAAAUAACACCAAUCCACACAGUUAAGGUGAUCUACAUCCCGAAGGAGCGGGAAGAUACUAUAGUUGGAGUAUCAGCUUAUCCUUCAUUUGAUCCGAGGCAACAAAACUGCUGA